AUGGCAGAGCAAAGGAAUCGCGAGAUCGAGAAACAGCUAAAACCGCAAGUGCUGCAGCAGAAGCUGUCGAAUGCAUCGACCGAGGAGAAGAAAGCGAAAGACAUGCUCAAAAUGGAGAAGAAUGCACAUGAAGAAACAAAGCAAGAGCUAUCCGAGAUCGAAAGAAAGCUCAAGGACAGUGAAAAACAGGUAGCAGAGUUGCAGAUACAGUUGGCCAUUUUGAAGGAAGAACUUACACCUGUUAAUGCAAGGAACAAAGAGUUAGCCUCCAAAACUCUGAUGCUGAGGGAAGAUCCAAAAGUCCUUCCGGCAGUACAGCUGACUCAGGAACUUAAGAGCGUGUUCAACCGGUUCGAGUACAAAGGCAACCCUCGUCUUCUCGUUCAUCCGGUAGAUGGGGAGACGAGAGCGAAUCUCAGAUUGUCCGUGAGAGUUGCCUUCCCUUCCUUACGUGAGAUCGAUUUGCAAAUUUCAUCUCGAAACAUCCUCGGAUGA